AUGACGGUCACCAGCCUGGUUAUGCAAAACCGUCGAGGCCAUGCCUCUGGAAAACGCCCGUUGCGGCUCCCCAUCAUUGCGCCCAAGGAGGAACUCGCCGAUAGUAAAUUGGACAAGGGUCUGAUUGCACCCCCGCGGAUUCGCUUGCCGCCGCGAUCAAGAACGGGUUGCUGGUACGUCAAUUCCCCGUCUCUGCAUGGCUCAACUCACGCUGACCCUCUAUCUAGGACUUGUCGGAGUCGCAAAGGUACGUUUUUCCUCCUCGUCAGCACGGUCUGGUCUAGACCACCGGAGGAAUCCAAAUGGCUGACCCAGCAUUCCACAGUCAAAUGUGAUGAAGGACACCCGCAAUGUAAUCAAUGCACUCGUCUAGGACAUAUUUGCGACUACCGACCCCGGCUCGCCUUCCGCGAUGACACCCCUCGCAUCAUGGGCCGCAUGGCCGACGUAAAGACAGAUGGAAACAUUGUUUGGGAUCUCUCAUCACCGACCCCCAGCGAAGAAAAGACCGAUUACUUCUCCUGCAAGGACAACUUGCCGGUGUUUGCGAUGCUCACCUCGGACGAGGAUCGGGAGAGGAAGGCAGAGGCGUGCAGUCCCGGCACAUACCACGUCGUCGUGACGCCGGACAGCUUUACUGCUCUGCCUGAAUAUUCAGAUGAUGCACAUGCCCCCGAGUCGGUCAGCUCCGUCGCAACCAGUCCGAUUUCCGGGAUCAAGUCAGAGAACACAACGAUCAGCGAGGACCCAAAUGUUGUCAUCUUGAAGGCGUUUGAGGAUAUCACUCGGCGAUCUUCGUCGACGGGACGCAAUUCGCGGGUGUCCCCGACGUCGGAGAUUUCUGAUCCCUUUUGCGCCCUCUCGCUUUCGCCGAUUCUUGAUUCUCUGCCGUCGCCGGUGAUUUUUGAGGACGAUUCCGCAUCAUUCCUCGAGCCUUGCCUGGAUCAACCGACGCUGGACCCAACCCUCUUUGCUCAUUUCCGACAUGUUGUGUGGAAGCAGCUAUUUCCGCACGACCGGAGCGUGGAUGAUUCUUCCUAUGGGCACGAAAACCAUGGUAUGAGUCUCAGUGUUGAUUUUCUUGCGCGCGAGGCAGUUCGUUUUCCUCCGCUUUCUCCUGCAAUCAUGGCUGUCUCGGCCCUCAGUCUUUCACACAGCGGCACUGGACAGAAUGUCGAUGCCCUGCAGUACUACCAACAAGCUUUUCCCUCCCUCCAAAUUAGCCUCCGCAACAAUGACGAUCUCGUCUCUGACGGGCUCUUCUUGACCCACUUCCUUCUCCUGAUCUACGAGGUUGCGGCUGCCGAGCCUCAUGGUUCAAAUCUCUGGUCUCAUCAUAUCUCUCGCUUACUCCACAUCACCUUCUUGCGUCGAAAUCGGUAUGGACGGGAGCCCUACCCGUUCAUCAUCUGGUGGAUUUGUCACAUAGAUCUCUAUGCCCUGCUGAGUGGAGCCGGGACUGGCGAGUUUCUGCGUGCCAUCCUGGAUAACCAGAUGCUGCCCAGCUCGGACUGUCUUCUCUACCCGUCCGUGGCAGAGGGAUACAGUGUGAUAUACUCCGAUGAACAUGACAGUCUGCCGACCAUUAUGCACCUCUACGCCGAUACCUUCAGGUUAACUGCCCAACUUGGUUUCCUCGCCGCUCAGCUCCGUCAGGAUAAACUGUCCCUCCCUUACGCGGAAUUUGAUCAACGAUCAAAGGAGAUCCGCGACCUACGCCAAGCUUUUGCAAGGUUAUGGGAAGCCCAUGAUGUGGCGUUUUGGCACCAACAGCAAGAUUCUCUGCCGCGACGGUCCCAGGAAAUGUUGCAGCAGUCUGCCACUCUUUUCCAUGUUAGCCAACUGUUCUCCUUCAGUAGCAUGUGGCCCGGGCAACGUCUCGAGUCCGAGUUCAGUUCUGAUGGAGAUAUCGAUCAUCAUGCAUUGGAGAUCCUCCACAUUGCCGAACGAACCGCCCACACUCGGCGUGCCGACCGGCACUCUUUAGUCUUCCCUCUCUUCCUCGCCGGCGCCACGGCUGCGGCCAGCGGCCUCAAGAUGAUGGCGAUGGAACUGAUGACCAGCAUGGAAGACGAGGAAGACGGCAUGGGUCGCAAUGCCGCGACCACCCGGGCCAUUCUGCAGACCGUAUACGAGCGUCAACUCGAGCGGCUCAUGCGGGUCGGCCACACUUUGGAUGUGGACUGGGCCGAUCUCAUGGCCCAGGAAGGGCUGCAGAUGGUCAAUUUCGGCUUCUAG